GGCCUAAAGUUGAUAUUGAAGUUGAUGCUAUGAUUGAGUCUUCGUUAGCCGGAGAGGCCAGCCUAGUAGUCCUUGACAUACUAGAACUAUUGAUCGGUAACACUCUCCACAUUGAGAACCUUCAGAGUGUCCUGGGGAAGAACCUUGAAGUCCUCCUCCACCUCAUGCUCUGCAAUCAAAGCAUUGAAGUCUCACGCUGUGUCUUUGCUAGUCAGAGAGCUAUUGUACGAAAGUUCCCUGAACUGAUACUCUACGAGGAGACUGAACAAUGCGCUGAGUUAUGUGCUAGACUCUUGAAACACUGUAGCUCAUCAAUGGCUGAUGUGAGGGCUUGGGCCUGUGCUUCUCUUUAUCUACUGAUGAGACAAAACUAUGAGAUAGGACAAAAUUUUGCUCGAGUUAAAGUUCAAGUCACGGUUGCUCUCUCUUCCAUUGUUGCUGGUUCCACGAAAUCGUUCAAUGAGCAUCAUUUGCGUCGAUCAUUAAAGACACUGAUACUGUAUGCUGAAGGAGAUGAUGAUAUGUAUCAGACUAGCUUCCCUGAACAAGUGAAGGAGCUUGCUAUUAAUCUUCAUCGUAUUCUGUUGGAUACUGUGAAAAUGAAGUCAUUCCAAAACGAUCAUGAGAUGUUAAUGGAUCUGAUGUACAGAAUAUCCAAAGGUUAUCAAACUUCUCCUGAUCUUCGUCUCACGUGGCUACAGAACAUGGCCAAGCAGCACAACGAGAAAGAUCACUAUACUGAGUCAGCAAUGUGUCUGACCCAUGCAGCUGCUCUAGUGGCGGAGUAUCUGUACAUGUUGGACGGGUCACAGCACCUUCCGGUCGGCUGCGUCACGUUUCAAAAAAUAUCACCAAACAUGUUAGAGGAGAGUGCAAUAUCUGAUGAUGUCAUUAAUCCGGACGAGGAGGGUAUUGCUACCAGUAGAUUAUUCACAGAGUCUGGACUCAUUGGAUUAUUAGAACAAGCAGCUCCAAUGUUUAGAGAGUCUCAGUUAUAUGAAGCAGCUGCUGAGAUAUAUAAGUUAGUUAUUCCGCUGUACGAGCACAGGAGGAAGAACCACAGUUUAGAGUCGGUUUAUAACAAACUCUCGGACUGUUACAAG